CGACUUCCUUCUGCUCCUCAACACUCUCGCGUGCGGCAGAGGGACUCUCGAUCGGAAAGCAGAGCGGAGACCGGCGGCCGGUGCGGCAACACGUACGCCCGCAGCCGCAGGCAUCAUCAGGCGCAUGGGGUGCGACGACAAGUGCGGGUGCGCGGUGCCGUGCCCCGGCGGCAAGGACUGCAGGUGCACGUCGGGGAGCGGCGCCGGCGGGCAGCGGGAGCACACGACGUGCGGCUGCGGGGAGCACUGCGAGUGCAGCCCGUGCACGUGCGGCAGGGCCACGAUGCCGUCCGGACGCCAGAACAGGAAGGCUAACUGCUCCUGCGGGCCGGCCUGCAACUGCGCAUCCUGCGCCUCCGCCUCCGCCUCGGCCUGAUCGUCGUCGUCAUCGACGCGCGCAGCCGGCAGCAGCCCACCCAGGGUCGUCUUCGUCUCGUCGUGGAUGCACCGCGUGUGCUACUUCUACCUAGCUAGUGGAGUUGUCUAGUGGGCUGGGCUGGGCUGGAAGCUCCUAGUACUAGUAGUACGUCCAUACUCCUACACGAUAAUAAAGGGCUCGUGUAUAGGUCGAGCCUAUGUCACCAUGCACUCAUGCUCGCCAGAUGCGUCAUCACGCGCUGCAACUUGGUAUGGAGUAUGUAAACCUACUUUACUAUAAGUUGGUGAUAUAUAUAUGUAUAUGAAAUGUACGAAUAAACGGUUCAUGAGUGACCAACUAAACAGAUUUCUUGUGGUGCAACUUGUUCACCAGA